UUGCGGCGGAGGACCCAUAAAAACCCCCGGGUGGGAGCGCGGCGGCGCGAGGCGGGGGCGCGCGCCGGGUGAGCGGCGGGAACGCUGAGGGGGGAGAGCGGGGUUGAGACUCUGAACGAGGCCAUCCUCCCACACAGCAAUGGCACCCACACUUGCUACCGCCCAUCGCCGGCGCUGGUGGAUGGCGUUCACAGCCAUCAUUGAGAACCUGCUCUUCUCUGCCGUCCUGCUGGGCUGGGGGUCCCUCCUCAUCAUGCUGAAAGCAGAAGGAUUUUAUUCCUACCUGUGUUAUGAGUCAGGAAACACCACUAGCAGCCCUGAACGCAAGAACUGCACAGCUUUGGAGCACAAAUGGCCUUCCUGCAAUGCCCAGGAUGAAAUGCUGAACUUGGCCUUCACUAUUGGGUCCUUCCUGCUCAGUGCGAUCACGCUGCCCCUGGGGAUUGUCAUGGACAAGUAUGGCCCUCGCAAGCUGCGGCUGCUUGGCAGUGCCUGCUUUGCUGUGUCCUGUGUGCUGAUCGCAUAUGGUGCCAGUAACCCAGACUCUCUGUCUGUGCUAAUAUUCAUUGCGCUGGCUCUGAAUGGCUUUGGUGGGAUGUGUAUGACCUUCACAUCGCUUACGCUGCCCAACAUGUUUGGUGACCUUCGUUCCACGUUCAUUGCUCUGAUGAUUGGCUCCUAUGCUUCCUCUGCUGUGACUUUUCCAGGAAUCAAGGUUAUAUAUGACUUCGGAGUCUCCUUCGUCCUUAUUCUGCUUGUCUGGGCAAGCUGCGCAGGACUAGUUUUCCUCAACUGUUUCUUCAAUUGGCCAUUGGAGCCUUUCCCAGGACCAGAAGACAUGGACUAUACGGUGAAAAUAAAGUUCAGCUGGCUGGGAUUUGACCACAAAAUCACUGGGAAGCAGUUUUACAAGCAAGUGACGACUGUGGGGCGCCGUCUCAGUGUGGGGAGCUCCAUGAAGGGCCCCAAGGAGCCGACAGCCUUGCAAGAGAACAACAAGCUCUGUCUGUCUACGGUGGACCUAGAAGUGAAGUGCCAGCCCGACACCGCAGCUUCACCCUCCUUCAUGAAGAGUGUCUUCAGCCCUAUUUUAUUGCUCAGCCUUAUCACCAUGUGUGUCACUCAGCUACGGCUUAUCUUCUACAUGGGCGCCAUGAAUACCAUCCUUGAGUUUCUGUCCGGAGAUGAAGAUCAAGUGGCUCUCUACACUUCCAUUUUUGGGGUAUUGCAACUGCUGUGCUUGCUGACAGCACCUGUGAUCGGGUAUAUCAUGGAUUGGCGACUGAAAGAAUGCGACGAUGGCUCAGAAGAGAAUGAGGAGAGCAACGCUGAGCAAAGUGACAAGAAAAAGAAAAAACGUGAUCGUCAGAUCCAGAAAAUCACCAAUGCUACCAAUGCCUUUGUAUUCACAAAUGUCCUGCUGGUUGGAUUUGGAAUCACCUGUCUUAUUCCUAAUCUGCCGUUGCAGAUUCUUUCCUUCAUUUUGCACACAGUUGUGAGAGGAUUCAUCCACUCAGCUGUGGGAGGCCUCUAUGCAGCUGUAUACCCCUCUACUCAGUUUGGCAGCUUGACAGGGUUGCAGUCAUUGAUCAGUGCCCUUUUCGCCCUUCUGCAACAGCCUCUCUUUAUGGCAUUGACGGGACCUUUGGAAGGAGAUCCUCUCUGGGUCAAUGUUGGCUUGCUCGCCGUGAGCUUCCUGGGUUUCUGCCUUCCACUGUACCUGGUCUGCUACAGACGCAGGCUAGAGAGAGAAAAAAAACAGAAGAUGGAUGAUGCCAAACUCUUCUUGAAAAUCAACGGCACUCCCAAUGAGGAAGCCUUUGUUUAAACUGGUGCUUCAAAUACAACCUCCCCUGUGCAGGUUCCUACCAUAUCCGUGGGUUCUACCUGUGGUGUAAGCCAGGCUUUUUCUCUCCUGGCUCUGCCAGUCUUUUGCUCAUCACUGGAGUGAGGGACAGACAUCAUGACUGAGCUUUCCUCAGAUAUAUGUCGUGAGGAGACUUCCUACCCCUUACUCCAGAACAUGGGACACUUCCUUUUUAUAAAGGCCACGCUGAUAUUGUGUCUUAAAUUAUCCCCUGAUCACGCUCUCCAGCAGCGGAGUUGCUGCACAGGAAAUUGGUGAGAGAAGGAAUAGAGGGAUGGGGGAAGAGGGAAGAAAGACCAUAAUUUGAGCUUGCAAAUAUAACACACUGAAGUCUGUUUUCUCCCCCUCUUCCCCCAGCCUUGGCUGACAUUCUCAGGUGCAAGCUGCACUCUCCUCCCUCCCUGAGGCUUCAUAAUGGUCCUUCUGCUUGAUAUGUAGCUGGACCCAGUGGUUUUACUGUCUAUCCAGACAUACCCCAGACUGUUUCAGAGGUAGGGAAGGAUAUUUUAUUCCUAUGUGUAUGAGCACAGCUUCAGUCUCUUGCUAAAUGUUGGCUGCCAGCACUGACAGCUCCCAAACCUUUUAUUACUGCAAAUGACACAGACUGUGAGUAAUGGAUCUGCCUUCCGUGCUGAAAUGAAGAGCCUAGUGGACUGCUUGGUCCUGGAAUUCCUCCUCAGCCUACAAACCACCUGUACGCAUUUUAAACUGUCUGCAGUCCUGGAACCUUUGAGAUAGGAAUUGGAUCUUGUUUACUGAUGAAGUGCUUUGAGACUUGUUGCCUUUUGCCUCUUCCCUCCAACAUGACCCUGGGAGGGCAGCAGCAGCGUGUAGUUAGUAAAGUGGAGAAUCUUCUUGAAGUUGAGUUCUGGGGCUCCAAAUGCCUUGGUGUUCAUAUGUUGGGAGCUGACUCGCUGUUGGAAGAAUGAAGAGUGCAGAACACUCCUUUGUGUCUGGUAACGGGAGCCUGCGGACAUAUGGCAGGGUGAUGUGGUGAUGUAAUUCUGCUAGCCGUAGCUUAUUUACAUGGUUCUGAUAAUAGCCCCCAAGCUGCUGAACACCAAGUUACUGUGACUGACCAAAAAGCUGCCAGUUUGGCUGUAAAGAGCCUUCUAUGAUGUUGAUGCUCUGUCUGGACAGAGUAUGUGGUGAUUGAUUGUAUGGUGAAGCUGACUUAGAGCAAUACAUGUGGGUAAAGGUGCCCCAGGCCUGUUCACAAAGGGAAUUCUUAACCUGCUUAUUUUUAUAAAGGUUUUCCUAAGUCUUGUCUAAAGUCGACUUUUCUGCCCUUAACCUUCUUGUUGAGGUUGGCAGCGCAGCCUCGGUAGCCCUGUGACUAGCGUUGCCCACGGCCCCAUCGGGAGCUGCUGGGAGCAGGACGCAGCGCUGAGGGGUGCAGCAGCGUACGUGCUGCCCCGGGCUGAGCUGGCGGCUGCCGGAAGGUUGGGGCAGAAAUAAAGCAGAUACGAAGAUGUCGUGGUGGUGCCUUCUGAACUGCCAACUCCUGCAUUUCUGCAGAGCCUGGCACAGGGCAAGUCAUUCAACUUUAUGUCUGGUUGGAAAUGUUUGAGACUUGAUCACUGCCCUGUUAGCUCGCAGCUGGGGAUUAGGAAUAACAGUGCGCUCGGACCUUCCUUUGAGAAAUUUCCUUGGAAACUCGGUGAUAACUCCUUUACUGAUGUCUUGAAGCAUGCAGAUGCUCAGCCCAGCCGGGCCUACACCUUCCCUAACUGCAAGGGCUCACCAAGCUUGUAGAGAGCCUCGGCGGGAGGCUGGAGGCCAGCAGGUCCCCGUCGCUCGCGGGUGGCCUUGGCAGCCCAGGAUGACGAGGCAGCUUUGCGGGACAGCAGCGCCAUCUCGAGUCAUUGCCUCCAGCCGGCCUCCUGUGGGCAGUUCCGAUGCUGCUCCACGUCAUGGUACCCUCAGUCCUUGGUCACCUUCGCAAACGACUUGCCACCUGAGUAUUUUACACACUUGUGGAAUUUUUUUAAUGUGUUGUCUUUAUUAAAUGUGUUUUGUUCCAAGACAGCCUUAUUGCUUGCUGUCAAGACUUUACUCUUCUAGAACUUCUCGUCUUCUGUUGGCCUCUAGCUUUUGUGAUGAUUCAGUGACCUUCCCAGCUUUUCUUUUGUGUUGAGCAAUAAUUAAGGGGGGCAGGGUUUUGAUUCAUUGUCCUGUUCACCUGGCAUGGUCUGAAGUACGUGUUCAGAGACCCACCAGCAGUAGCACAGCUUGCCUAGAUUUCCAGAGGGCUUUCUGCAGAUUUCUGCAUUUCAUAGUACUAUAUUUACUCCUAAAUAUUUUCCUGCUCUUGCUUCAAGGUAUUUGUGACAUGACAAUCACAGAUUAAGCAUUUCUUUUUUUAGUAAGAGCUCAGACAGGUGAGUGUCUGAGCCACGGUCCUCGGAUGCACAGUGUUUUAAACUAGAGACAGCUGUUGGAGGGUGCCAGUGUGCUAACUCAGCAUUACUUCCACCUCAGUUUCAGAACACUGUGAUGGCUUCCACUGUGUCGCUCAAAUUACUGAUGUUAAGGUCUCUGCAAAAUGGUGGAACAGAGUGGUAUAUUUUCAUGAGGUCGCAGUGGAAAGGAUGCUGCCUUUGAAGCAUGUGCAGCUAAAUUAAACAGAGAACACCGUUUUAUUCCUGCCAUCUACCUCCCUUCUGCAGUUCCUGCCCUUUAUUAGGAAUAUCCUCUAACCCAGUUUCAUCUGCUAAAGUGGUAGAUAUAUGUGGUUCCUGUCUCUGCUGAUGUGCCAUAGUGUUCAGAAGCUGCUGGCCAGCUGUGAGGAAUAGAGCUCUUGCCUUUGAGUCACAGUUUCGGGCUCUGUUUGCAGACUGAGAGUAAAGCCAAGUGCCUUGGCUUGCAGUCACAAGGGCUAGUGGGUUCACAGCAAAGUUCUAGUUGUUCAGGGUUUAACAAAUGGGAAUGUUUUCUCAUGCAGUGCAAAGGCAAGCUGGCAUUCAUUGCCGCAGAAUAUAGCGGGGAACAGAAGUAUGACUGUUCUAAAAAGGGGCUGGUUAAACAAUGGUCUGAUGCAUCCACUAACUCAGGGAGAUUUUAAGUUGCUGUAAAUAAGAAAGUUAUGCCAAGGAAAGAUUAUUCUGUAUGCUCUGUCUCUUAAGAAUUGGUCAAAGGUGGAGAAAAUAACACGCUGGCCUAGGUGAAACUCUGGUCUAGUGGGGCUUAAUUUACUCUGACAGUUGUCAACCAAACUAAUUUUAAAAGCAGUCUCAAAUUUAUCUACCAGAAAAACUAUCUGCAAGCAAGAUGUGCAAAUCCUGAUUGUGGCGUAACUGCUUAAAUGCUGCACCUCCUGCAGGGGUGAGGCCCUUGGAGGAUGGAGUACCCUGGCUUCAGCCUCUAGAAGAACAUGGCUUGCAUGGUGCAGAAACACCGCUGGGGUGGUCUGGUUAGGUGUGAUUGUUCACAGGCAGUUUGCCUCGUUCUUUGAUGCUUGUAGAAGUGUAAUUGUGGAGUGGAAAACAGCAUUGCUGCUUUCUAGCCCGGUGAUGCAGGACCAAGAAAAUUCCUGAUGUGCUCUUCUAUGUGCGUGAGCCACCUUGUGGGAAAAUUAAAUGGCUGCCAAAGACGAGAGCCACCCCAAUUUAAAUCAGUAAUUCAUUUACCUGUGUAGCUCAUAUAUAGGUCAGUGUGUUUAACUACAUCCAUAAUUCCUAAAUGCUGGAAUCUGUAGGGGGUUUUUAUGCCCCUUGUGCCCCUUACCCUCAUCUGAGAAGCAGGAGGCUGGUCAUGGGGGAAAAAACUCAUCUCCUCCAGAGAAGCAUCCCCAACUGAACGUAACGAAGCAGAAACCCAAUCUGUGGGUACCUGCUGUUUGCAGGAGCCCUCAGAGUCAAGGCUGUCGCUGUGUAAAGGUGACUGCACCUUCUGGAAACACUGCCCCUGGCCUCUACAGACUCGUGCAUUUAGUGUGCAUCCAUAUUAAAAAAAAAAAAGAGUGGGGAAGGGACGGCUUUUUCCUUUCGCUGAUCUGUCAGUACCGAAGCCCAUCGAUGCAGUCUUUAUAGUACUAAUGCAAUGAUGCAUCAGGAGCAGCAGAGAAAAUCUGUGCUGUUUUGCUUAAUAGGACACUUAUAACUUCAUUCAGUUACUGUCAUAGAGUCUCUGGAUCCUUGAGAUAAAACUGGACGCAGAUGUCUGCAGAAAAAGAGUGAAUCUUGCUGAGACUCCAACUGAACUGCAGUGCUGAUACAGCCAUUGAAAUGUUUGACUCCCACAGCAAAGCCUGCCCCUUCGUGCUCUGUCUCUGUCUACAAAGGAAAAAUUGUAGGAUAAUGAGAUUUUAACUAAGUUGGUAAAUCACUAAAAUGUUUUAAAAUAGGAAACUUCCCUCUUGACAGGCUGAUGAAUUUGGAAAAUACGCCACAAAAUAUAAAGCAGAUACUGUAGGGUAAAAAGAAUGAAAUUUUUUAAACUACAAGGUUUUUUUAUUCCCCUUUGAGUCUUUUGUGCAUCUGCAGAGCUUUUUGGUAUUGCCUACUUCCAAGUUUAUUAGUGCAAAGUAUUCACGAUCGAAACUAGUAUUACUGUAGGACUCUUGAUGGGAAGGGACUGGUGGUGGUUGGUUUUUUUUUUAAUUAUUAAAAAAAAAAAAAGCCAUUUCUGAUUUAUAUUUCAGUGUUACCUUCUUGGGAAUAGCUGAAACAAUUAUGUGCUUUGUAGGUGCAUUCUUUCAUGUUAAUUAUAAACUCUCCAGUCCUUGUUUUCCUGCCUGCGCAGUCUGUUUGUACCAACUGUCCUGUGCUCCACAGGCUCAUCCUUCCUGCUGCUGCUUGUGCCUGACCCCGUCACUUGCUUUUUAGUCCCAGGGCAAUCCCCUUUUUCAGGAGGCCCCUCUUUUUUAGCCUGACAGCAUUACCUGCCCCACCUCCUCCUCUUCGCAAAGAUUUUUGUAGCGUUUGUUGAAGUUGAAUUGUACGCUCCCCGUGGCAGGCCUGCGUCACCUUCUCUGUGUCUGUAAAGUGAUGUGCAAUCUUGCAGUACUAUCUACAAAUAAAUGUGGUGUUAAGUUAAUCAUUAGUUUUCCUUUUGAGGCCGAACAUAAUAAAGGUAUUGCUCUGUUCCUAC